CGCCCAUCCGCCCGCUCUGCUCUGCUCUGCUCCGCACAAUUAGGGUUUCUCAUACUCUUCGUGUCACGGUGUCGUGUCCGAUCGAGCUCUCCUCGCCAUAGCCAUCGCUUGGAUCCCACCGACGAGUCGCUGGUUUGCAAUCUCCUGCGAAAUUUUCCUGUUUUCCCUGUCAUGACCCUGCUGAAUGAUAUGUUCGUGUAGAGGCGCGUGAAAUCAGGCGAUGAUUUUGAGGUCUUUCGGCAAUUGGGAGAUGCAAUGAUAUGAUUUUGGCGUGGUUCGUCGGGUUCCGUGGCUGGAGGUCCGUCUCGAGCGUGAGGAACAGGACGACAAGACGGGCGCUGCGGCGAGUUGCUGCGGUUCUGCGACCAUGGGAGCGUGGGCGGAGUCUGUGCAGGUUUGUGUCUUUGAUAUGCGACGAGGGCAACAAGAAGGCCACGAGCUUGACAAAAUUCUCUUCUUUUACCCGGUGGACUGUCCCCUCUCUUCGCAACUCUCUGUCGUGGGGCUCAGUGAAGGUCUGAUCACUUUCACAAGGAUAUUCUCGCCUGAUAAACCUUGCCAGUUGAUGCAAGCAGAGGGGCACUGUCAUGUAUUCUUUAAUUGUGAACCCGACAUAUGGAUGGUUAUGGUCAUCGAGAAGAGCAAAGAAGGGGAAGAGGAGGUCAGAUUCACAGCUUUAGAAGAGAUGUUGAAGGAAGCUCAUGACCUAUUUGUCAUGUUUUUUGGCUCCAUCCGGGAUUUGUUACAGAAUCAUCCCCUCGGAGAUUUAGCUCGCAGCAGUUUGCAUGCGUUCUUCCCUGAUUACCUUGCAGAAUUUGUGGUAGGAUCGAAGUUACGACUCCCAUCAAUAUCAGAAGGUCUGACUGAGCGGGGCAUGGUGGAGCCAGUUAAUCUUGACCGCGACACCCUUCUUCAGGCACAGUCUUUGGUAGGGCUCUUGGAGUCGUGGUUUGGAGGUGGAACCGUACGUCACACUCUGGUGCUAUUUCACAAUUAUCUCGUUUUGAGCACGUUAUCUGCGGAGGAUACCGCAAGACUGUAUAGCUAUGCAUCACUCCGAUUGACACCUGCUGCAAUCUCACUAUCAAAACGCAAAAGUCAAGCUCCCAGCUUAUCUGCGAUAUCUGCUACUGGUCAAUAUACGUUUCGGAAUUUGCUCAAUAAUGGAACAUCAGCUUCUUCUCAGACACCUGCAAGUGAAGAAGAGGUUUCUUCUCUUUUGCAGCGAGAUUCAAAGAAGGUUUCACGGCCUAUGAAACCUGAUGGCUGGUGGAAAGAAGGUGACAAUUUUCUGGAUACCGAUUCUUGGGGUUCUGAAAAUAAAGGUGCUAUUCGCAGUGAGGCGUCUCAUCCUACCAUUUGGCUAAAACGCACCAAGGAGGAAAUGCGAUUGUGUGUUUAUCAACUUCGGACAGUUACGCUAAUCAUGUUGGUUCCAACCUGCUCUUCUGUCAAUGGCUUGGACGGAUUUGCGCUAUUAAGAGGACAGCUGCUUGAGAAGGGGGCUCAGGAGGUACAGAAACUUGAAGAAAGGAUAUCAAAAGAGUGGAAAGGAAUAAAUGCAUCUCAUGUUCCAGGAUAUCGGUAUCUUUGCUGUGAUCGCAUCAACAAGACCGUCAAGGCAUCCCCUCCUAGCAAAGUGGCUACACUCUCCAAGGAGUCACUAGCAGCACUUAACGUCGUCCGGGCAGACGUUGACCUGGUAAAAGGAAGGCUGGAGGGUGAGAAAUCUGGGCACGAUCCAGACCUUGAAAUUUGUGUUCGAACAAAGCAGAAUGCUUGGUUGGUUGUACGAGCUAGAGGCGGCCAGGAAUUAUACACCGUGCAAGAGCGUGCUGGUGAUACUUUGUUGCUAGCUUCCGAUGCGGUUGAAAAACUCAAUAAGAGGCAUUUCAAUGGACACUUCUCUUCUGAUUAAGUCUAUCGUCAACACGUUGGAAGUGACAACUAUCAUUAUUAUGCAAACAUCUCAAGGAGGUCUAGUCAACUGUUUUUGUGAGGAAUUCUCAAGGUUUCUUCAUGGAUCCUAUGUCACCACAAAGAAAAAAUAGGGAAGAAGAGCUAUGCUGACGCGGACUUGAGUGAGCUCGUUUGCCAUCAAUUUUGUGCUUACAGAGGCUACGGUUGAGCUCGCUUCAAUCCUGAUUCUAAAAACAGUUAAUCGCAAAAGGGUUUUGUUGUAUUGGCAAGAGUCCGGAUAAACUAGGAUUAUGCGUCCCAAGCCUCUGGAAAUUUAACAUCUGAUCUUUUCCGGCCAAUGACAUCUUUGCAAAUGUAUAGGUAGUGAAUUGCAUAUUACAGAAAAUUGUAAGAGUAUGCUUUUAUUGCUGGUAUAUUUGCACUUUAGAACAGUUAUGUGCAAUUGUCCAUGGCCUUGGCCAAAGUCUCAGCAUUAUGCAAAUCUUGUUCUUUGCACAAAUCCAACGAAGACUAAAUCAAGCCUUCAACUUGGGCUUUCUAUUGA